CUCACUCCGCCAGGAUCUCCCGAUAAAAAACUUCUCUUUCCCGUCUCGCCCCAUCCCCGUGACCGAAUCCACGAGCCGCCACCGCCAGUCGCUCUCUCUGGUGGGCGGCCGGGGAGAUGCGCCCCUAUAAAGCCCCUCCGCCUCCCUGCUCCCGCCACUGAGCGCCUCACCCGGCCUCCGUUCCGCCGCCUGGGCUCCCGCUCGCCCGCGGCGUCACAGGAUGGCCGCGUGCGCCAGGGGGCUCGUGGCGCCGCCCUUCGAUCUGGCCGCCAGUCGGCCGGGGAAGUUGGGUGCGGGGCCCUGGCCGCGCCCCGCGCGUGGCCCCGCGCGCGCGAUCCGCUGCUGCUGCUACGCCCGCCCGGAGCCCACGCCGCCGCGGAGGCUGCUGCUCUCCGCCAAGGCGUCUGCCGCCGCGUCUGUCGACGGGAGCAAGCCCAUUGCCCGGGGACGCCGCCGCGUCGGCCUCACCGUCACGCCCUCACUCACAUUCCCCUCCUCCCGUUCUAGAAGGCAGCCCAAGCAGAAUGAUUUCUAUCCGCGGUGCACGCCGAGAGGGCCGGCUCCCCAGUCCCGCGACACCCCGCCCAAGAGAGACACUGGCAUUGCUAGUGAGAAGGAGUGGGGAAUCAACCUGCUGGAUGAAGCGGUCAAGGAGUCUGGCACCAACGAAGAUGGAAGCACCUGGUACAGGGAGAGCGGCGAAGAUCUUGGUGAGAAUGGGUACCGUUGCCGCUGGGCUAGGAUGGGUGGACAGACUCAUGAUGGUUCCACUGAGUGGAAAGAGACUUGGUGGGAGAAAAGUGAUUGGACUGGAUACAAAGAGCUAGGUGCGGAAAAAUCUGGGAAGAAUGCUGACGGUGAUUCUUGGUGGGAGAAGUGGAAAGAAGUUCUGCACCAAGACGAAUGGAGCAAUCUUGCAAGACUCGAGAAGAGCGCAGAGAAACAAGCCAAGUCAGGGACAGAAAAUGCUGGGUGGUAUGAAAAGUGGUGGGAAAAAUAUGAUGCCAAGGGCUGGACAGAAAAAGGUGCGCAUAAAUACGGAAGGUUAAAUGAGCAGUCCUGGUGGGAGAGGUGGGGUGAACAUUAUGAUGGUCGUGGCUCUGUAUUGAAAUGGACAGAUAAGUGGGCAGAGACAGACUUAGGCACCAGAUGGGGAGAUAAAUGGGAAGAGAAAUUCUUUGCCGGAAUUGGUUCACGACAAGGGGAGACAUGGCAUGCUUCUCCUGGCGGUGACCGCUGGUCAAGGACUUGGGGAGAAGAGCACUUUGGCAAUGGGAAAGUUCACAAGUACGGGAAGAGCACAACCGGCGAGAGCUGGGAUUUAGUCGUAGACGAGGAGACGUACUACGAGGCGGACCCUCACUACGGGUGGGCCGACGUCGUCGGGGACUCGUCGCAGCUGCUGUCGAUACAGCCGGUGGAGAGGCCGCCCGGGGUGUUCCCGACCAUCGACUUCAGCUCGUCACCCCCGCGCACGGAGGAGCCGCCCGGCAUGCCGCCUUCGUCCAUGGAGUAGCAUCCAUCCCGCCGCAGGAGUAGAGUUCAGGACCCCCGUUUUGGCUCCAUCAUUCAUUCUUUGUAGAAAAGAGCAGCAAGCGCAAUCUGGCUUUCAUUGGUUCAUUGGUUAGACCUUUCUUUCCUGUGUAUUUUUUGGCUUUCAUGUUCUACUAGCAUUCCGUCGGUUCUAGCAGACACUUCUUUUCUGGCAGACAGACAAACUAGGCGAAAUAAUCGACCCGCUCGCCGUUAAA